UCGGUGGGCGGUCUGUGCAGCCUGACAGUCUGCAGCGUUCCGGGUUAUUGUCAGUCUCGGCAGCUCGGCAGAAGGGUAGGACCGCAUCCCGGAGCUGCCAGAAGUAGCUAGCUCUUUAUCCAGACGUAACCUUUUCCUGUUUGGUUAAUAUUACCAAAGAGAGCCUUUCGGGGCUUUGUCGUCAAGGUUACUCCACAGCCUCACCUGGAAAUUUAAGUCUGAAUCGAGAGGCAACACAUCUCAGAGCGUCUGCCGACACCACGGAUAAAGUGACGGACGGAGCAGAGCCUGCUCUCCGGGAUUUUACAUCGCAUCGCAUCAGUUUAGGAUAUUCAGGCAGCUACUUUGGCCCAGCCUUGAUCUCUUUCAGGGUACCUUCACACAAUAUUGCCUAGAUGAAAACAUUUGAAUGAUACAUUUCUCAUAAGGUCGUCAAAAUUGAGCUGGCGGACCACGAAACCCAUGCGUAACAGCGGGGGGAUUUUUUUUGGAAUACUGCGUAGCCGCUAAACCUACCCAGUGUGUCGGUUAAGAGUUCUGCUAUUUGGAGAUAUCUUCAAGCGAGAGGAAGAUCAACCGGGACCCUGUACCUACUUUGAUUCGGAGGCUAAACGGUGAAAACCCGAAGCACUCUUGGUGCGCAAUCCUUCUGAGGACGCUCUUGAAAUUGCCGACCUGCGCUUUUGCCCUCGACAAAAAUUGGCAGCCGAAUCGAGAAAAAAAGGCAAAGCUUAUUAACUUUGCAUGCUAGAGGCUAGAGUGUGGAAUCUAAUUUGCAGGGUUACCGCUACAUUUGCAUACCGUCGGAAGACGAGGAUAAACUUAAUCAACAUUUGACAUCGACAAAGCAGCAGCUGGAUUUUGGGGCAACAGAAUGAAUCCGUUUUAAUUUGGACCGCAGAAGUAUGAGGCAGAUUGCUCAGUGAAUGCUACGAUCUGCAUGGAGUUCUAGUGUACACUACGGAGCAAUUUAUGGUUGGCCGCAGAACUCCCCCGGCUGUUGUACUGUGCCCACCUCGCCAUGCUGGCCUGUUUGCAGAGGAGGCAAAACCCUCAACCCCAGCACCCAGUGUGUGCCAGCAAGACCCUGGAGCCACCACAAGCCCUUGGACGGAAAUGUGAACUAGUAGUGCCCACACACUCCCCUCGCUACCCCACUGCGGCAGAACUUGAUGCCUAUGCUCAGAAGACAGCCAACAGCCCGCUGUCCAUCAAGAUCUUCCCCACCAACAUCAGGGUUCCCCAGCACAAGCACCUUAACCGGACUGUAAAUGGAUAUGACACCACAGGCCAACGCUAUAGUCCCUACCCACACCUCCACACAGGGGGCUACCAGGGUCUCCUUGCUAUUGUUAAGUCCUCCUCCUCCUCAUCGUCAUCAUCGUCAACAUCCACCUUCGUCUCUUCAAAAGGUGUUCUCAAGAACUCCGAAGGCAGACGGACUAAGCUCUCUCCAGCCCACAUAGCUGUUGCCCCAUACCCGCCCCCUAGUAGUAGCACUUUAGCCAGUGGCCAUGGCCAAAUGGUAUACCACACUGGGCCCUCAAAGCCUCCAGAAGGCCCCAGACUGUCAGUGCCCCCAAAUGUCACUGUAGCUGGCUCAGUGAUCCCUGUAACGGGGGGCCGAGGCCUGGCCUUGCCCACGCAAUCCAACCUUCCCUCCAUUCAGAGCAUCAUCUAUCAGAUCAACCAACAUUGCCAGGCCCAGGCUCUGCAGCAGGUGUGUCAAGGGGCUGCCACCGCACCAUCGAAUUCCAGCCCUUCCAAGCAGGGCGCGGCUGUCAUGGGGGUCUCUUCUAGCUCCUCCGGUGGAGGCUAUGUGGUAGGAAUGGGUCCCCAGGCUAACAUGGUAUAUACAGGUCAGGGGCUGCCGGCUCAGAACUCAGAGGCGAUGAAGACUGGCGUGUACGCAGAUGGUAUGGACUACAUACUAUGGCAGAAGCAGCAGCAACAGCAGCAGCAACAGCAGCAGCAACAGGCUGUGCUCCGCAUGUACAGUGGAGGCAGUGGAGGAGGGGGCGCCAUCAGCAAGUCCCCUGAAACUUGUGUUCCAGGAGGAGGGAUUAUGGGGGCCCAGGUGUCCUCCUCUUCUUCUAGACCUUACCACCUGACUGCCAGUGCCAGUGGAGGAGGCGGGCUGGACAAAGUCAGCUCUUCCCCUUUGAACUGCGUGGGUAUGCACGGAAACUUCUCAGUGGGUCAGUACUUUGCGCCGCCGUGGAACAGCGUGCUGGUGACACCUGACAGUGACUGCUACAAUCCCCAGGAGUUUUUGGGCACCUCCACUGGAGGGCCAGCAACAGGGCACAGAGAGAUGGGCUACCCUCACCACCAUCACCACUAUCACCAUCACCAUCACCACCCUGCUAUAGACAGCGGGGGAGGUUUGUGUUGCAGCCUGCCCAGCAAAAGCUUGUGCAACACGUCUGUGCUGAGCAGCAGCUUGCAGUCUCUGGAGUACCUGAUCAACGACAUCCACCCACCCUGCAUCAAGGAGCAGAUGCUUGGCAAAGGCUACGAGACUGUGUCUGUGCCACGUCUCUUAGACCACCAGCAUGCACACAUCCGCCUCCCUGUUUACAGAUAGAGGGGGAAGUAAAGGAAACGAAUCAAGAGUUGUGAAUUUGUGAAGAAUCUCAAAGUUUAAAAAAAACAAAAAAAAAACA